GGCACCGUGGUAGACACAACGAUCUGAGCUAUUGCACGGUUCACGUUGCUCUAUUAUUGACUCGCUUUACUCAUAAAUAUCAAACAUGUCUGGACGUGGCAAAGGUGGAAAGGCUAAGGGAAAGGCGAAGUCCCGUUCCAAUCGUGCUGGAUUGCAAUUCCCCGUUGGACGUAUCCAUAGACUUUUGCGAAAGGGAAAUUAUGCCGAGCGCGUCGGUGCCGGCGCUCCGGUCUAUCUUGCUGCAGUAAUGGAAUAUCUCGCUGCAGAAGUAUUGGAAUUGGCGGGAAAUGCUGCCCGUGACAAUAAGAAGACCAGAAUUAUUCCCAGGCACUUACAGCUAGCCAUUCGCAAUGACGAGGAAUUGAACAAAUUGCUCUCAGGUGUUACCAUCGCCCAGGGUGGUGUACUACCGAACAUCCAAGCAGUUCUAUUACCCAAGAAGACUGAAAAGAAAGCUUAACUACAGAACAUCAAAAAACGGCCCUUUUUAGGGCCAC